UCUCUUUCGCGCCAGCUCAGUCCGUAUCUCCGUCGGUCUGAAUCCUCAGCGCUGGCAACGGAUAAUAAACUGCCUUUCCGCAGCAAUACGUGGCCAACGGAACAGCCCGCAACAGAGUGGACUUUCACAGAAGAUUGGGUGUUUUGAAUGCAGGGUCUUCCCUGGUUGGUUGUGAAGAUCUAAGUAAACAAAACAGUUAUGACUGACCUUUGGAUCUGAAAAGUGGCAGCAGAGUCCUUCUGAAACAAGAAGCCUCCAGAACCAUCCAAAAUACAGAGCGGAGUUCAAAUUACACCUUGAAUGGUGAAUUACUAGAGUGAAAAGAUCCAAAGACUGACAGAUUGAAAGCAUUGCUCAGCGGUUCAAAAGGAGAGCAGUCCAGAAGUCAAAGACCAUGAGUUACAGUUGUGGCAAGCAACGCUAUAAACCUAUAACACGGACCACGUAAAAUGGGGACUAUGUUUGGCAUUGUGGUCCGUCAACAGCUGUGACUGCCCUCAAGACACUUUUUUCCCCAGAACCUGUGUCUUUGUAAUCCUAUUGGCCGUCCAUCUCCUCUGAUCAUUUUUCUUAUUUUGAGCCCUAACCUCUUUCGUUUUCCACCUUGAUCAAAACAAAUCCAGUUUUUGCUCCUAAAAUGGCUCGCAGGUGCAGCUUAUUUUGUGCUUUUCCACCCUCCUUUCUCAUCAUCUCUCUCCCUGUGUUUCUCCUCCUCCACGUACCUUCUUUUGUGAGGGGUGACUGCUGGCUAAUUGAGGGGGAUAAAGGCUACGUGUGGCUGGCAAUCUGUAGUCAGAACCAGCCUCCAUAUGAGACAAUCCCACAGCACAUUAACAACACCGUCCAUGACUUAAGGCUGAAUGAGAACAAGCUCAAAGCGAUUUUCUUCAGCUCCCUCAGCCGAUUCACCAACCUUACCGACCUCAACCUCACCAAGAAUGAGAUCUCCUACAUUGAGGAUGGUGCCUUCGCAGGACAGGCCAAUCUACAGGUCUUGCAGUUGGGAUAUAACAAGCUAACUAACCUCACGGAGGGGAUGCUGCGAGGGUUGGGUCGAAUGCAGUGCCUGUAUCUGCAGCAUAACCUUAUAGAGGUAAUUGCUACCAAUGCCUUCUGGGAGUGCCCGAGCCUUAGCAGUCUUGAUCUUUCCUCUAACAAAUUAGCCAAGCUUGAUUCAUCCACUUUCUCCAUUUUGGGUGGGCGGCUAAUAGUGUGCGAACUGGCUGGAAAUCCUUUCCACUGUGGCUGUGACUUGUACGGCUUCCUUAUCUGGCUAGAGGCAUUUGACAAUGUCACUCACACCUAUGACAGGCUCCAAUGUGAAACCCCAAAAGAACUUUUUGGUUACCCUCUCCUGAGCCCUAGAGGUAAUCAUGGAAGAAAUGCUCGUUCUAUUCUGUCAUCUAUGUGUAAAGAUGGAGUGAUUUUUAGGGGCAUAACUGCCCUGCCUCCUGACGUAGACCUUUAUUCUGGGAUGGGGAUGGAUAUUCAUGAACCAGUGGGACCUUAUCCCCAGCCCACAGCUACAUCAACCACAGACCCAACAUACAGCCCCACCAUUAAGUUGCAAACGGUCUCCCUCUCUUCCGCAUCCCUCUUGGUUCAAAUACCCAAGCCCUACAGCAAGAUGUACAUUCUAGUGCAGUACAACCACACCUAUGUGUCAGAUGUCAUGAACUUAAAGAACAAGAAAGAGAUUGUCAGACUAAACAACCUAAAGCCCCACACAAAUUACACCUUUUGUGUUGCCUCCAUUCGCAAUUCCCAGCGGUACAAUCACACUUGUCUGUAUUUUGCGACUCGGGCUCCAGGGCCAGAUGACUUGCGAGUAACCCCUUCUACCACCACCCAUUACAUUAUGACCAUUCUAGGCUGCCUGUUUGGGAUGGUCAUUGUGUUGGGCUUGGUGUAUUACUGCUUGCGUAGGCGUCGAAUGCAGGAGGAGAAGGAAAAGUCAAUUAGCGUUAAGAAAACUAUCUUAGAGAUGCGCUAUGGGCCAGAAGCAGCUGCUGCAGCAGCCAAGGAUCCUUCAGCCUUGCAGAAACUCCAUGACCAGUCCCAUCAUCAACACCACCAUGGCAAAUUGUCCCAGUCAGCAUCCUCCAGCUUGGGCGUCCUUCACGGUUCAGCUAACACCACCUCUUCUCGACUUUCUUCACUUCCACAAGUAGAGAAGAUGGCUACAGCUUUCUCAGAAGCCAUGGCUACCAGUAAGGGCAACUACAUGGAUGUAAGAACGUCAGCAGGAGGGGAGGAGCGAGUAAGAGAUGGAAUUGUAACAGGGUCAGGGGAUGAAAUCACAAGGGAUGAAAAUGGGAUAAAUGGAGGAGAUGACUCUGAUGAUGAUGAUGGCCGAGAUUCCACAUCAGAGAUCUCCACCAUUGCCAAGGAGGUGGACAAGGUAAACCAGAUUAUCAAUAACUGCAUUGACGCACUCAAACUAGACUCUGUAGCUGUUGUGGCAGCAGCUGCGGCCACUGCAACUACAGCAGAUAACACUGCCUCUCCACCACCUCCUAGUGUCUCUUCAUUAGCCAGGGGGCUAAUUCCACUUUCCCCUACCAUCACAGAGACAUGCCAGAUCAUGUCGUCCCCUAAAAUCCGUCCUCCACCCCCUGUUCCUCUUGUUUUGCCCCUUUCUGAGCGGCCUGGCAUCAGCGGAGGGGGGUUUCUCUCCCCUCCCUACAGGGACCCACCCCCAGCUACAGCAUCACGGCCCUUGCAGAGGCAACUCAGUGCAGAUGCUGCAGUUGUUCCUAUCAACUCUGUUAAAAAUCGCUGCAGCGUUUCUUCCGGUGGCUCUGUCAAAAGUGCUCGGGUCUUUAGUGUGGAUGUCCCCGACCCUCGAAACCCAGAGUCAUGCAAGUAUCCUGAGAAAGGCAGCCCUGUUCGGUGCGGGGAGCCACUGGAGAGGUUGCCCCUAAUAGGGGUUCAGGGAGUCAGUAAUGGCAGAGGAGAUGGUGGCAGUGGGGGUGGAGGGGGAGCCGGUGGUGGCAGUGGUGGUUCGGGUGGGUGUGGUGUUGUGGUCGGAGGUGGGGGCAGCACAGCUCAGCAGCACCACUUGGAGGUGCACCCAGACUACCACUGCUCAGAGCACCGACACUCCUUCCCCGCCCUCUACUAUGAGGGUGCCACUGACUCCCCUGCCCAGAAAGUCUCCUUUCUAAAGCCUCUCACUCGCACCAAGAAGGACACUGCCUAUUCACAGCUUUCUCCCCGCCACCACAAUUACUCAGGGUAUUCCUCUAGCCCUGAGUACUCCUCCGAGAGCACUCUUAAAAUCUGGGAGCGCUUCCGACCGUACAAGAAAAGCCCCCGUGAGGAGGCCUACAUAGCCGCUGGCCAUGCUCUUCGAAAGAAAGUGCAGUUUGCGAAGGAUGAGGAUCUCCAUGACAUUCUGGACUACUGGAAGGGGGUGUCUGCACAACAGAAACUGUGAUGCUUGUGAGAGACAUGACAGCAGGAGGAGAGGUUGUGGAGAAAAGAACCGAUGACUCUUGAGACAGCUCGGCAGACUCCAUCAGCAGGUGCUUUGGUCCCUACAGACCACCACAGAGACAAGUGUUCUGAAAGAGACAGAAUUAAGCAGGUGUUCAAAGCUCAUUAAGGCAUAGAUAAGCAACCAACCAGAAAUGCACAGGAAAUGUGGCACUUAAAAAGGCAUCCAGUUUCAGUUUAGAACCCUCCAUUUUACCUUGCACUGUAGUUUGACAAGAUAAUAGUCUUAAAUGGGGAAUUAGUGGUUUUAUUUUACAAAUGCCUGAAUAUAGUUUCAAGAGAUGGUGGUAACUGAUGCUUGUCAAGAUGAUUGUUUUACAAUGUUAAUUAGUAAGAAGAAAAAUCGUGGAUUUUGUUUGACUGAAGCCACAGGUCAACACAAGGACACCCUGUUCCCUCCCAUUCCCUAAUGUUUGCUCAAGCAAAGCGUAUUCAUUGAUUUGAGACACCUACACAAAUUUUACACAGCAUGUGUGGGACACAGUUAUCAAAUCAGUGGCAGCCAUUUGUACAUGCUUUAUAUUCAAGCAGUGUGGCAAUUCGAUAAAACACACAAUGCUAAUUCCUUUUUGGCAUUCAUUUGUGGCAUAGCCAGCCUCAAAGACAUUCUUCUCUUCAUUUGUACUCUUUAGACAGUUUUUAUUCUAAGAAGGGAAAGAGUAAAAUGGAGUUUAAGAAUGGAAUCUUCAUGUCUUAAUUUGAUUUUACAAGCGGCAGCUAGAUACAGAUCCCAGUGUAGUAAUAGGUUGAUAUACACAGGGUUUACAGUUGUGUAUUAAAUGUUGAAGCACGUUACACAAGGAGCUUGCUUUGUUUAGCCUGUUGGGAGCUUUAACAAAUGACACACUUUCAUAAAAUGCCAAACUUAAUUUGCAAGCUAUAAUUUCAGGACAUGUUAUACAUAUAAUUUCAUAAUUACUGUCUUGCUGGUGUUUGGGUAAAAAUUUCAAUGACCUUUUAAGCUUAUCACAGGCACGGAAAUCCUUGAAGAGGCUUUAAAUAUGUAAAAUACUUCUAUAUUUUUGUUUUCUCUCCAUUGAUUCCAGAGAAUCAGAUGCCAUAUUUGCAUUUAAAUGAUUAUUUGGUCAGGUCUACUUUCACUGAAUACUACAGUAGCUCUGCUGUUGUCUCUCCCUAUUGAUCUGACCUUCUGUUUCCUAUUAUAACUCAUUUCUCUUGACCUAAUGUCGGUUGUGGUCAAAUUAAGGAUGGUAUGAAACAAAUUCAAUUAUUUCUCACGCUUGAUUUUUUUAAGACCUUGUUGUUGUCCUUGCAUGGCUUUAUAGGGGAAAUUAAUUACAAAUUUGCAGCAGAGGAGUCAAGAGGUCACAGAGGUGCUAAUAUUAUUAACACUGCCAGAUUGGAGAAGUGAUUGAAAUUAAUCUCACCCUUUCCGGUCAGGUUAUCACCCAGAAUGUAUCCCUUGAGUUUUGCUGGUUCGCCUGUGGCAAACUGAAGCUCUUCAUCUUUAAAGCAAUUUACUGGUUUAAAAUACACCUCAAGCUCUUUGAAAUAGGCCUCUGGGCUUUGAAAUUUUUAAUGAUAAAUUGAUAAAUAUUAACUAAUGAAUGUAGAUCUCAAUACCUUAUGGUUGACAUGCACUGUGUUCUCGCAGCAUCCUGUGCAGACGUUAUUAGAAUUCAGCCAGGACAUAGAAAUUGAUCUUCAUUUUACAGUCGCGUUUAAGCAUUAAAACUUAUGAAUGCUCAGCAUGCAUCAAUAGUAUGUCGCAUCAUCCUUCAAGGUUCAAAAUCAAUGCUCGGUAAUUGAGAAUUGACACUGUCAAGUCAAAAUACAGAGGUUUGCUUCGUGGACCAUUUUACUGAAACCUCUCAGAGUUAAUUCCUGAUUGCAGUCAAUCGCAGGCUACGAGAUCAUAAGACAAGAUGAAUAUUUAGAAAUUGGUUACCCUGUUAAGAAGCUAAGCUAAUGUUUUGUUUUUGUUGUGUACAUCUGUAUAGAAUAGUGCAAGAACAUUAAUAUGACAACGCAGACCCAUACCAUUAGCUUGCAACGAAGCGACAAACCCACACAUGCAUAUAUUCCACCAUCAUUAGCUUUCUUGAAAUCUCAUUUAUUCCUAUUUAAGAUUCCAAAAGUUGUUUUUUCCCCACUAUUUUCCAAAAUUCAGUUAGGAGAUGACUUUUCUAAACAGCCUCAAGGCUUGCGUUAUUGCACUGUGGUUGGGAGAUACCAAGCUAAGACAAUUUGAGAGAAAUUAUUGUGCUCUUGGAAUGUUUUAAGUAUUUUGUCGGCAUAUGGGAAUGACAGUUAUUUGUAGUUUGAUUUCCUGCUGAUAAGUUGGUUUUUUGGUAACGUAUGUGUGUGUAUGGUCUUAAAGAUAUACAAUGAGAUAUAACUGAUGGCUGACUGUGAAAACUGUGACAAACACACAACCAACAAGAGAACAAUCUAUACUAACAAUGGUUACAUACAGUAUAUGUACAAGUAGUAUUAGAUUUCCAAUGGGUAUGUCCAGUGAAAACAAAAUCGCUGUAUGUGUACACGUACAUCCGAACACUCACACACAUAUACACAAAAGCAUAUGCAGAGUGUACAAUCUACACAUACUGUAUAAGUUUACAGACACAUAGUCUUAAAAGUGCCCUCUAGGCACUAAAACAAAGAGUGAAUUAUUUUAAAGGACGGUGCCAAACAUUUGUAUUACAAGAUUGUAACUGUUAUUUAUUUUUUCUGCAGCAUUUUAUUGAAAUGUCAUUGUUGUGGUUGGCGUUUAUUUGAGGUGAUUUUAAAUUUUAGAUAAAAUUACAUGUUAAUAUACUGGAUUAAUUUUUGCCCUCCAGAAUGCGCUCCUGAUCAGGUGUACUCAAGGCCAAAACCUUUGCGCAAUUUUGCUGUGGAUUUUGUUUUGAUUGAUUCCCAGGUAUAUUAAUACAUCCUAAUGGAGCUCAAGCAUUCCGAAUCCGGAUCUUACUGGAAAUACUUCAGGAAAAAAAAAUCAGUUUUGCUCACAUAAAUGCCAGUGUAAACUCCCACAACACGGGUGAGUAAACUUCCCUUCUUUGUACGGUUUUACCGAGAACUGUAGUUUCAACAAUUUCUGUCCUCCCACUAAUAAAGUUUUAAACAGCAAAAGACUUACAGCCCACAAUUCUCUGGCCUCCUACCAUCUUGUCCGUGGAGAUAAUAAGCUUUUCAAAACCAACCAUUGUCCUCUGAUGCACUUGUCAAAUUUAGUUGCACGUUCAGAGUGUGAUGAAGCCUUUUUUCCCUUCUUUUUUUUCCUGCUAAUGUAUUGUGCCAGCGAUUUCUCUUUCAUAUCUCUAUUCCUCAUGCUCCAGCUGAGUGUUCGUGCUUAUGCUCCUGAAGCCUUGAUGAAAUGAAUUUAGUGUGCGGUUAGAAAAACACAGAAAGGUUUUCUUGUUUUAAUGAGCUGUACGUUCUUUCGGCUGCUUUAAUCAGGCCAGGCCCCCUCAAGACCCCUGAUUAGACCCCAGAACAAGGAAUAAAAUGUCAUUCACACUCUCUAUGGCACCACUCCGGGUUUAAUGCAAAAAGAAUCGCAGAGCAUUCCCAACCCCCUUAUCUUGAGAUGGGUAUUAACUCAGCGGGUUAACCAAGACCUUAGAAAAGAGCCUGCUGUGACCCAGGCUCAAGUUUUGCGUGCUUUUCAGUCAAAUGGUUUUUGAGUAAUAAGCGAACCGAGCCUGGGGAAUAGAACAAAUAUAUUUAAGUGAUGGAUAGGCACAUGUUUUAAGUAUAUCCUCAGUAAAAGAUCAGGUUUGAUGUAGACUACUAAUUUAGUUUGCUUUUAUGACGACGUUCUAUUAAAAGUUAGCAUUAAAAAGAAAUUUGAAUGCACUUUACUUCAUCUGCGUGUUAUUCCAAAGAAAAGCAAUUAAUAAUCUUUCACCAAAAUGUAAACUUGUUUUGCCUGACUUUCCAUUUCAUUACCUCUUGUUUCGCAUUAACCAGCUUUUUUGUAGAAAAUGCAGCCCUUCUGAAUUUUCUAGUAGUUAACGCUGUUGAAAAAAAAAAACAGCAUAUGCUGGUAGGGAGAUUUUGAUGCUGGUUUAAGCUGGUCCUUUGUUGGUUUAUGAUGGUCAUAAGCAUCCCAGCAUCAAAACCUACCUACCAGCAUAUGCUGUUUUUUUUCAACAGGGAAUGCAGUUAUUCUGUUUAAAGUUAAAGGGAAUCCUGGGUAUUAAGAAUUGUUUGGCUUAAUAAAACGUAAAUAAUGUCUUAUACCGAAAUAUGUAGUAGAAAUUAUUGUUAUUUUAAUACAUAUGUUUUAUACAUAUUUUAGACUAUGGGGGUCCCAUUACUUUAGGUCAGGAGUGCAUUCUGCAUUGAUGAUGUGAAAUGGUUGCGCUUCGUGAGAUACUGGCAUUAGCUGUUGCUAUUUUGCACAACUCUGAAAAUAAAAUACUGACACAAUGCCACAUUGUGCGGCUUUUGGUUGUAAUUUUCAGUCGAAGGGCAACAAGAGAAGGAUGCAAGUCUUCACUGUGUUCCUAGCGAUAAGAAGAGGAGAAACGAAUGGGAAGAUGCUGGUGGACGAAUAAAACUUAUUAAAGACUUGCGUUUUUGUUCUCUCCACUUUAGCCCUGAUCCUUUGAGGCUUUUAGUAGACCACAGCUACUUAAAGAGCUUACAAAUGGCAGAGACAAGAAAUGCUAGAUGCCAUCCUGGCAGGAUGUAAACAUACUGACUCUUGUCAUGACACCGCAGCCACUGAAAGAGAUUCUGCAUUUCACUCCAAUCGAUAAAAAUCGAUAGUACGACAUUUGGUUUAAGCCUAUGUUUAUAUCCAUUGCCACCUGUAAGCUCUUUCAGUAGCUGUGGUCAUCUUAUAAGUAUUUUAUUUUCUGAGUUGUGUUGCGAUAAAAUAGCAACAGGUAGCACUAGUAGCUCACAGAGUGCAACUAUUUCACGUUAGCUAAAUAAUGGGGCCCCUAUAGUCCAAAAUAUGUAUAAAAGAAUGUGGAUUUUUUAAACAUUAACAUUAAAAUUUUCAUGGGUUUUCUACUACAUAUUUCAGUAAGAUACAUCAUUUACAUUAUUUUAAGCCAUACAAGUCUUAAUACCCAGGGUUACAGCAAGGCACGUUUACAGCAAAAUGUCAAAUUAAGUUGGAUUUCAGCUGGGAAUACGUCAAGAUUCUCCUAAGGGUAAACUAUGUCCAAGUCCAAAAAUCCUCAGAAACAGUGUUUCAAGAGCUUGUAUGUGUUGCCUCUUCUUUCCAUUUCAAACAAUUCGAAGUACACAUAAUGUCGAUUGAAUAUCCUGUUAUGCCACAUUAGAGAAACAAAAUGGCUUUUGAAUGCUGUUUCAUGUUGAUUUUAUAUCAAAUUUGAGUUGGCACAGUUUAUAGUAGCCUAAAUGCACUUUAAAAUGGAAGUUAAGUAGUUAGUCAAGUUUACUUUAUUUAGAAAAACAACUCACUUUAAUAAAAAAUAAAUAAAUAAAAUAAGAAACACGACUAAUGUAACCAUUCUAAAGAAAAAAAGGUUGUAUUGUUAAAGCUUUUGGAGCAAGUGAGCCGCCAUCUUGCAGUACCACAACGUGUGACGUCACGUGGUUAAUUUUCUCUGAUGGCCAGUAUAGUAAUAUAAGCAUUUCUUUACAAUUUUGAACGCAUGCUUGUUUUGAAAUGGAGGUAGAUGAACUUUAAAGGACAGUGUCGGUGCCUUUGCAUUUGAGCCGAUACGACGAUGGGACCGAGCAGUAAUAAGGGGCUGAAGAAGUCGUGAACUUGAUGGUUUGGGAUAAAGUGCGGAUCGGGAACAAUACGCGUUUACGUGGAUACUCCUCAAGACUGGCAUUCCGACAUCAUUUUUUUGUGAAUUUGCCGAUGAAGGCACGAAAGAAAGCUCAAUUUGGUACUUGCCUGCUGUCUGCCGUGGCGUGUGCGUGUGCGUGUGGCGCCGCUGGUGUGAACAGAAACGAUCUACCACAAUGCGUGAGUACCGCAUUUAAAUCUCUUUCAAAAAAGGUCUAUGACCUCGUGUACGUGCUCCAUUGAAAUCUAUUUCGUGCUGUCCCAUGUCUGAAUAGCUUAAAACACUUUAAUAUUCAAAGUGACAAGGCUUAAAACACGUGAGAAUGCUUUAUUGAGGAAGCAGCACUGGCCCGAUCAUUCAGACAGCAGAAAGUGAAUUGUAUUUGCAGGUGAACAUAAAAAUGUUACAUACAACUGCUAAACAAGUCAGUGUCAUGCAAAUAUGUCUGAAUGGUCUUAAAUAACAAUAAAAUACGACAUGAAUUAUGUUGUAUGACACAUUGUUUGUUUACAUCAUGUUGCGCCUUGCAUUAUGAAAACGAUAGGCUCGUUUGAGAUGCGCCUCGCCUCACCUGAAAUGUAGGCGAGAGUAGGCGGCUGCAGUAAGGGGAGGAGUGAAAUAAGUGCAGUCAAGAUGGACAGUUCUGACCUCUCGAAGUAGAACAGAUACCUACGAGAUCAAAGGCGGAUAAGGCGUUAUCACACUCACAUGCUGUGUUGCUGAUAAACAUGAUAUAAUUUCAGCUCUGUUGGUUUUAUAUGAAAAUAAAUAUGAUGAACAAGACACUCAAAGUGCUUGCUAUUUAAUUCCAUACGAAAGGCGUAUUUAUCAUCCAUUUUUACUUUAAUACAAACGUGUAUUUUAGAUUUUUAUAGAAAUAUGACAACAAUCACAUAUCUCACGCAGAGAUCGCACUGGCAUAGUGUUGGGGAAUAUUCAUGCAUAAUUUAAACACACAAUCACAUGAUAUUAGAUUAAAAAAUAAAACAUUUUAGAAAAGAACGGUAACAUCAAGGUUGUCUGAACCAAUGAGCUUUAAGCUUUGUCGUCAUCCAGGCGUUUCCCAUUGUGCUUUUGGUCAGUGCAGUCGGUGGAGAGCUACUGCGCUCAACUGCUCAAUCCGACACAGCCGCCUCGCCGUCGCGAGACUUUUUUGGCACACGUCAGCAUGACAUCAGAGCAAGACGGACAUAACUCGGACACGUUUCUAACCGGCAUGCAUCUUGCGGUGAUCACCGGUGAUCGAUUCUGCGCAGAGUUUGCUCAUCUCAAACAAGCCUAAUGUCUGGGAUACCAAGAUCAAAAUUAAGCAUGUAGACGGUUUGAUGUUGAAUAUCCAUCAAAAUUAUGGUGAAAACCAAAAUAUUUGUGUGUUAAACUAACAUUCUUGUGUUCAAAAUGUAAAGAAAUGCAUAUACUGGCCAUCGAAGCGAACCAACCCCGUCACAUCACACACUGUGGUAUUGCAAGAUGGUGGCGUCAUUGCUCCAAAAGCUAUAACAAAACAUCCUUUUUUCUUUAAAAUGGUUACAUUAAUCAUGUAUGCUAUGUUUUUUUUAGUUAAAUUGGACAUCACUUUAGUAAAUAAUGUAAACUUAACUGACUGCUUCAAUUCCACUUUAAAGACUACCUUUCAAAUUCCAAUAGCAAACAUUACUGCAACUAUUCAAAUUCUGUGGGUCAAGUUCACCAAACAUCUCCACACUUCCUGUAGGGCAGGCACCAUCUAGAGGUAUGACAGGAAGACAGUGCAGCCGCCUUCAUACUGUGAGGGUCAAGUCAAGGUUGAGGGCUACACUGAACAAACAGGGGAAAAGACACAAUUUUACAGUUAUUUUUGCGCAAAAACAGACAAAAAGUGGCUCAUGUGGCUUAAAGCAUAGCUCGACCGGAUUAAUUUUUAAUGUGCCUCAAAUAUCAAACUUCCCUCAGUCUGUCAGGUUGCGAAAAGUCAUGUUAUAUACACUUUUAACAGAAAUGUACUGUAUAUAUUUUCCAGUGCGUAGGUUUGAGGAAAAGGUCUAUAGGGGGUGUUUUGGAAAUGGCGUUUGUAAUUCUCUUCACCCUGAGCAGGGAUUUAAUUACCCCUAUUUGCCAAGACCGAGGGACUGCUGAUUUUUAUCAUGCUGUGAAAAGAAAACAUAUUGAGGGACAUUUUAAUCUUUUCUGUUGGUUUUGUUAUUAGCUGUCAAGUCUGGUGGACUGUUAGACAAAUACAUUAGUUUACAGCAUCUCAGAUUAGUUGAGAAAAUAUGCCGUUCAAUUUCAUAUUUGUGGUCCCUUGGAGUAAUAAAUACGGUUUAGUUUGCAAGUUGCAUUGAUCAGUCCAAAUAGGCAGCGAUAUUGGCCAAAGGCACAUUUACGACCUCUCUUGUGCGUCCGUUUCUUGUUUAACCAGGCAAUCAAUCUUUUCAUGAUGACCAUAGGGGCGUCUGAUUUCUUAUUCAUACAAUUCAAGAACACCUCACAGCAUUUUCCGACCCCUUUGAGGUUUGCGAGCUAUAGAUGAUGUGGAUAUUUUAUUCAGAGUUGAGUGAAAUGCUUCGAUACUCCCAAGGAACCCCAGAGACGUGGUGUAUACGCAACAGGAAAAUAAAAACUCGUUUUUCACUCAUAUCCUGCCGUAUGUGCACAAUACUGCUUUCCACGAUCACUAAAUUGAGGGCCUCCGGUUAUCACAACAAGAAUGACUUUGACUUUUAUGCAUGUACAGUGUAUGAGUUUCAGAAAGAGCGAUAAAUGUGAGAAAGAGUUUUCAGUUGGAAUUCAAAAAGCAGUUUGUUUCGACCUCCGGGCGUGAUGUUCCAUUUAGAAACAUGCAAAGUGGAUGUGCCACACUAGAGUGAGUGAGAAAAAAAAAGAGGAGCAAACACAAUGAGAUAUUCGCUUGAGAGGGAAGAGGAGGAAAACACAAAUCCUCUUAAAGUGAGGGACAUGGUUUUGCUCUUUGAUUUUCCUCUCACUUUAAAAGUCAGCUGGAAACAGCGUUUGCAAACCAUGCUACUAGUGUUAUGGGACAGAUUUUUAAGUGAAACAGGAUAUCCAAUGAUCAAAAUAUAGUGUGAGGCAUGGUUUUUUUAAUUUAAAUUUUCUCCAUAUUAAAGGUUCUAAGAGGGGACGAGUUGAAUUAUAAGAGGACUUGAAGGGUUAGUUCACCCAAAAAUGAAAAUUCUGUCAUUAAUUACUCACACUCAUGUCAUUCCAAAUCCGUAAGACCUUUGUUCUUCUUUGAAAUGGCGACAGAAGAGAAGCAUUGUUGAACAAAGUCGUUAUUUUUGUUUUCUUUGUGCAUAAAAAGUACUCUCUUAACUUCAUAAAAUUACGGUUUCAUCAGAAAUAUCUUAAUUUGUGUUUCGAAGAUGAACUAAGGUCUUACGGGUUUGGAACAACAUGAGGAUGAGUAAUGACAGAAUUUUCAUUUUUUUUGGUGAACUAUCCCUUUAAUGUAAUGUAGUUUCUCUGUAUUUUGAUGAAAGAUUACUAACUUUUUCUUUUUCUUUGGAAUAACAUAAACUAAUUAAAUGUUCAUAAGACCAGGAACAUGAUGGUCUGGUCUAUUUGGAUUUCAUGUUAAUUUUUAAAAAAGGUUCACCUACGAUUUUGCUGAAGGAGUAGAUAUUUACAAUGCUAUGUGUUACGUGAAACGCAAACUGUGGUUACAACUGCGUUUUUAAUAUAUUUUUUGGGUAGUUGACAUCAUAUGGCAUAACCAUGCUAAAAUUUUAACCAACAUUUAUUUAUUAUUAUUUAUAUACCACCAUUCAAAAUUUUGAGGUCAGUAAAAUAAAAAAAAAUAAUAAUAAAAAAUUUGUUUUUGGUGUUUUUUGCCUUUAUUACAAUAGGAUAGAGACAGAAAGCAAUGUGGGAGAGGGAGAGAGGGGGAGGAAUAGGGAAAGGUCCUCAAGCCGGGAUUCGAACUCGGGACACCUGUAACACAAUGGCGCUGUAUGUUGGCUUACUUGCCCACAAGGCUAUCAGCACCGACUUUUUAUAUAAUAUAAUAUAAUAUAAUAUAAUAUAAUAUAAUAUAAUAUAAUAUAAUAUAAUAUAAUAUAAUAUAUAUAUAUAUCAUAUCUUAUCUCAUAUCAUAUAUCAUAUCAUAUCAUAUCAUAUAUCUUUUUACAUUUACAGGGCUCAACGCUAAGGAUUUUUUCUACUGGCUCAGUCGGGCCACUGGUUUAGAUUUUUACUUGCCCGGUCAAAAUUCUCACUGGCCCUUCCACAAAAAAUGAAAUAGUUGCUGUUAUCAUUGUUUUUGUCCUAUGUUAUCUUAAUAAAUACGUAAUUCCACAGUAUACCACAGUAAAAACUACUAGCCUAAUAAAUAUAAAGUUCAAACAUUAUUUGUUUGUUAAAAAAUUGUUUUAUCAUUCUUAUUUUAUUACAAAUGAAAAGAUGAUUGAGGGAAAAAUAGCAGAUGGACUGAAAGGAUGCAAAUUCAGUCUCUGCCAGCAGGUGGCGCUUAUGGAAUAACGGUAUAACUAUGUUUCCUUGGUUACCGCUGUAACCAAAGCACUUAAAAAUGCAUUAUACAGAGGCAAAUCAAAAGUAAACGCCAUGUGAACUUUUCUUAAAACAGUAAAUUCCGCUCAGAGAUACAUUCAUAUACACCCCCAUUUCAGUAUUUAGAGUAGUAAUUACAAUAUUUCGCGCAUUGUGAACCGUGAUCUUGCUCUGCCUGCAACGGUAUUUUUUACUCUUUGCGUUCGCCUUCAGCGUCUCUGGCCUCUGUUGACGGAUGUUUAAAGAGUUCGUAAUUUUCCACACACAUGAUCUUUUGGCAUCUGUUACUUGUCAAGACAUGCAUUUGGACAUACUUUUGUAUGCGAGGUAUUUGUCCGUCAGAGACGCGUCUCUCUGUGAAAUUUUAUAUUAACAAGGCUUGGAACACCUGUAAAUGAAAAACUUUAAUGACAAAUUCGUCAGCUGUCCCAAGCAUCUUUCACGCUGGCCCCGGGCCAUCGGGAACUCCUUAUUUUCGAGCCCUGAUUUAGAAUUAAUUACUUUAUUUAUUUUGAAAGGAAUGAAUACUUGAAUUUAGAAAGGAUGCACUGAAUCGAUCAAAAGUAAAGACAUAAUUUUGCUAUUUAUAAAUAUAUAUAUACACAGAGUAGUCAGCAUUUGAAGUGGAUCAAAAAAGUUCAUCCAAAGUUGUCCUAAGACAAGAAUGGAUAUUGUUUUGAUUUUAGGACAACUGUGAUGAAAGGUUUUGAUCCACUUAAUGGAUCAAAAUCAUUCAUUUUAUUUCACAACAUUAAUUUUACUGUAUUUCUGAUCAAAUAAAGACAGCCUUUGUAAGCAUAGGAGACUUAGCGACCCCAAACUUUUGUGCAGUAGUGUAUAUUAAUAACCUUUAUGUAAAUUGUUGAGUGCUUUGGAUGUAGAAACCACCCGUGGUUGUGCUUCAAUUGCUUUGCCCUUUCUGCCGGUUUGCCACGCUCUGACCUCUGUCGGGUUUAGUUCUGUUUAUUAACUUCUUUUAUUUUGAGUUGAGCUGAUGAAUUCAGACAGGGCUAUAAGAGUAUGCGCUAAUGCAGACUCAAGGACGGAUCUGCCACUGUCAGUACAUGACAAAUAAGACCUCUAAAUGAGGCCUUUUAUGUCCACUCUUUCUAAAAACCCUGCUGAUGGUUUAGCGCUACUCCAUAUUCUAGGUAAUGAAUUCAAAACGAUCCCUAUUUACUUUUUAAAAAACGGCCAAGCUCAAAUUUUCCGAUGAGCCACCAUGAGCCUUUUUUAAGAUCACUAUCAAAGUCAUUAGCUCGCUUAUGUCAAAUUACCAGAGAAAUCUCAAUGUUCCUGUAAUGGAGAUAGAUGGCCUGUCCGUUUUUGUCAAUUCAGAGCCUUUUAGCUGAUAGUAUAUUUCAUAUAUAACCACUUCUGGUUUCAUUCUAAGCAUAUAGGCUAUUCCUCGCUGUUUUUUUCUCUCAGCGCAUGGUUGGAAAACCAUUCCCAAAUGAAGAGGAUAAUCCAGCUCUUAAAUGAAACAGUCUAGCUGGCCUAGUUGGCGCUUUCAUCGUGCCCGUUUUAUCAUUCCGACCCAAUUUGAAAAGCUGGUUAGGGAAUCAAACAUAGCGCUUUGUAAACUAGUCUAGCCGCGGUGGUGCUAUCAGUUUCAAGUAAUGAGGUUUGAACUGACAAAGCUGCUAACAAAGCGCUUAGCAUCAUGCUAAAGAGUCUAUCUGUAGAUAGAGAUGUUUGUUGCCUGAUACUGUGUGGAUAAGCAUGCUAGCUUGUUAUGAAACGUGUAGUUUGUUUAUUUCGUGUGUCGCAUGGUUUCACAUAUGGUAAAAGUGAGCGACUAGCAAUCAGGCAACUCAUUUUCCUCGCUUCGCAUUUGACGGUCAUCCGAAGUGAGGGUAAUUUUACAUAGCAGCGUGUUUUCAGCCUCUCGCCGGGUGUGAUAUUCGGGAACGUGUCUAAUUCCAGCCGUCUCUAAAUGAGUCUACGGCCAGCAUGUGGGAUCUUGUGCUCUCUGCAUGCAUAAUAUGCUGAAGAUAAUCAUCUCAGAGUUAGCGCAGCGUAGCAAUCCGUCGGCGCCAGCCUGAAAAGCGCUUUAUUGAUUCGUGUUAACGCAUACCGCAUGAUGCAUUUUCCCAUUUUCACUUUUUUGAUUGGCCUCGUGAUUUGAUUUAUGUGAUAUUGCACACUCCUCAUGUUUUAUCUUAAACAACGAAUGUUAAUAAAAAAGCAGAGAUGUAUUUCCAGAUUUGCAUAAAGGCCAAUGGUAGAGCUGAUCAGGAGUGCGUUGUGGGAAUCUGGCAUUUUUAAAUACUCAUCUAGGCUAUGAACCAUGCUAAGAUUGAUUUAUGUGUUUUGUUGUCUUUUUAUUUAUUACUUUGUGUCAACCGAUCAAGUUUACAAUGUUUAGGUCACCUGAACGGAGUCGUUUUAUUGAAAUGAAGGAAAUGCGAAACAUCUGUGAAUUUUGUAAAGAGUCUAUGACUGUUUUUCUACCAAGCUUGUUCUGUAUAUCAUUCUUUUGGGUGGGAACGGAGUGUAUUCGGGGAGGGCUUUGGGGUUUUUUAAAUGGUCGGGGUCGUGCAAUGAUCUGUAAUUAAGAUGAAACUAUAGACUGAAAAAAGACAUGAAAAUGAAAUAAAGUGUUAUAUUUGCAUGAUUUCCUGUAUUUUCAAUGAGCCUAAAAUUAUUGUUGUGUAUACUGAGUGGAUGUAUGUCAAAAACACUAUGAAAUUGAAAUUCAGAUUUUUUUUUUUUUUUCCUAUGACGUGUUGUCAUUUUAUUUCCCCCUGGGCUUAUUUUUAAGACACUGCUUCUACUGCCAUCACAUUUAACCUCAUUUACAUGUAUAAUAUAUUUAACUGCCGCAUAAAUGAAUCAAUUACUUGACGAAACAAUAGGUGAGAUUAUUGUCAAGUGUGACCAUUUACUCCAAAGCUGUAAAACUUUGUUUUUCUUUGGCCUUCAUCAUACAACUCAACUCAGUUCAUUUCAGUAUUAAGAUGAGCGUUUAUUGGUCGGAGCGGUCAACCGUUGAGAAUGCCGACAACAAACUAUUAGUGUUUGCGAAUUAAUCCCAUUAUCAAUUAAUGCCAACUCACCCCUAAGUGUUUGACCCAGGAAUGUAGAAAUUGCUUUAGUUAAUUAUUUUACAUAUUUAAUGUAAUCCAUAUAUAGUGGUGAACUUGAUGAGGCUCCUUCGGUAAAUUGGUUUCGGUGUCAUCUUGGUUGUUUGUCGUCUCCAGUGGCAUUUUCCAACCUGUUUUAUCAACAUAGCCCAGUGUUGGUUUGAGUACUUGAUGUUUGUCUACGUAAUUAACUCAAAUUAGCAAGAGGUUAAUGUAGAGAUGUUGGUCCACAUUCAAGAGCUUUAAAUGAAUAUGGUCACGUUUACCUCGCACCUUGAGUAGAGCUCCUCUAGGUUCCUCUUGUGCUGAAGUCUUUGUAGUUCUUUAAUGUUUUAACAGUCUUGAUUAAUCACCUCUCCUAGUUAUUGAUCGUUAGAUAUCCCAGAAGGCUGUCUUCAACUGCUUUCUUAAGAGAGGUGUAUUAUGAAAGCAUCUUUGAACUGUCAAAACAAGUCCUGAAGAGAUAAUUUGUCAUCUCGUUCGAUUUCUUGUCAAGAAAAAUUGACAAACUCUUCUGACAGUUGAACUUCUCUGGAAAGCCUUUAUUAAACAUCCCUCGAUGAGUUAAUUGUGAGAUACUUAUGUAUAAUUCAAAGUGUAAACUGGGAGUUGGAAGUCUGAAAACCACUUGCUCAGACUAUUAUGGCCUAAAUUCAAUCCAUCUUACAAAUAAACUCCACCAGCCGAAAUCGAUUGGACACAUUCUUGCUCCGACCCACGUGGGAGGGUGGAAAUAGCAUAUCUGCUGGUUGCAAAAGUCAAUUAGACCCUUGGGAGUCUUUGAGUGUUUGAUGGAAUUGUGUUUCCAUCAUAUUGAUAUGCUCAUUUGAGUUUUGCAUUCAAAAUCAAAAAUUAGCCAUUACACUGAUUUCGAGUAAUUGGGUUCUACAUCAAAAUGUGACCGUUGGCCUCUUGGUUCACCUCGACUUAAUUAACCCCUGACUCCAAGAGGACAAGAUGUUGGACAAGAGGUCAUGGGUUAUGUGCGCACCCCAUUACGAUGAAGGAUGAAGGAGAUUGAUUUUGGAUCCAUGUAUGAAAUAUUCUUCCCUCUGCAUGGACCCAUACAGUUAAUUCAGUUGAACACUGGUCCAUUGUUUAAUGUGACAUUUAUUGCUCUGUCCUUUUUCUUUCUUUUUCUUUUUUUGGUGAUGAUUCUCAUUCUUUGUCUCUCAAUUUCUGUACAAAAGAUCUAUUUCUAUAUUUGCAAUAAAUUUGUAUC